UAUGAGCCCCGCGCCGCGCAGCCCUGACCUACUAACACACAUCCCUCCGCGCCGCACGCUCUCGUCCAGCCGCUCUGCUGCUGCCUGUACAGCGCGGCGCGGCACCGGAUCACGCCACUGCCCGUGUCAUCUUGCCUCGCCCGCGGCCCGGCCCGGCGCGUGGCGGGCGAUGCUCGGCUCCUUGUGGUGCGCUGCAGGUUUUUAAGAAGAUUCCCAUUGGUUCUAGACACUUCUGUCUGAGAACAUGAAAGCAAAGGAAGAAUGCAUGUGGAUUUAGAAUUACUGUAUUUAUCAAGCUGUGGAUUGAGAAGUGCUGAGGAAACAGCUUUCUCUGUUGCUCACUGUAGAUCUGCUACAAGUUGUUUCUGAUGCAGCUGAGAAAAAUGCAGACCCUUAAAAAGGAACACGGACCUGUUGACACAAGUGGCAACGUCGACAAAAUCAUGGUACUUAAGUCUACUCUAGCAGAAGUGUCUGAAGAAUUGUCUACAAAUGAAGAUAUACUACUUACAGAAGCAAGUAGUGGAAAAAGCAAAUCUUCAGCUUGCCGGAGAAAGAGAGAAUUCAUUCCAGAUGAAAAGAAAGAUGCUAUGUAUUGGGAGAAAAGGCGGAAAAAUAAUGAAGCUGCCAAAAGAUCUCGUGAAAAACGACGGCUAAAUGACCUUGUCUUAGAGAACAAAUUAAUUGCACUGGGAGAGGAGAAUGCCACUUUGAAGGCAGAACUGCUUUCAUUGAAGCUAAAGUUUGGUUUAAUUAGUUCUGCAGCCUAUGCCCAAGAGAUACAGAAACUCAGUAGCUCAACAACUGUGUAUUUCCAAGAUUAUCAGAGUUCCAAAUCAAAUAUUAGCUCAUUUGUAGAUGAACAUGAACCAUCUAUAGUUGGUAGCAGUUGUAUUUCUGUCAUUAAACAUUCUCCUCAAAGCUCAAUGUCUGAUGUGUCUGAAAUAUCAUCCGCAGAGCAUCCUCAACCAAGCCGCAUACAAAGCAAUUGCAGAAGUCCUGAAAAUAAGUUCCAGAUUAUAAAACAAGAGCCUGUGGAAUUAGAGCGAGAGCCAAGAGAUGACAGAGGUUCAUAUAAAGCAUCCAUAUAUCCAAACUACAUGGGAGCCACCUUUAACGUAUACUCGCAUUCUCCUCCUCUCUUGCAAGUUAAUAGAUCCUCCAGUAAUUCCCCUAGAACAUCAGAAACUGAUGAUGGUGUAGUUGGAAAGUCAUCUGAUGGAGAAGAUGAACAGCAGGUUCCAAAGGGUCCAAUUCAUUCCCCAGUUGAACAUAAGAAUGUCCAUGGAACAGUUAAAGUUCCAGAAGUGAAUUCUUCAGCUUUGCCUCAUAAGCUUAGAAUUAAAGCCAAAGCCAUGAAAGUUAAAGUGGAAGCGAUGGAUAAUGACUAUGAUGCAACACAGAAAUUGUCAUCACCCAUAGACAUGUCCUCAAAAAGACAUUUUGAGCUUGAAAAACAUGGUGCACAAAAUUUGGUGCAUCCUUCUCACACUCCUUUUGCAGUUCAAGUGACUAACAUCCAAGACUGGUCACUUAAACCAGAACUCUGGCAUCAGAAGGAACUCAAUGUAAAAAUUCAGAGUGGUUGCAAAAGUGGAGUUGUUGAAAUAAAAGACAGUAUCUACAAUGUCUCUGAGUCGGAGAACCUGUAUUUGAAGCAAGGCAUAGCAAACUUAUCUGCAGAGGUUGCUUCACUUAAAAGACUUAUAACUACACAACAAAUCUCUGCAUCAGACUCUGGUUAAGUUACUACUGAAUAAAGGCUUACCGUUUUAAAGGAUGUCAUUUGCAGUAGAUCAGUAUGUUUUGUAUUAUGCUGAAUUUUCACUGGACUUGUGAUGUCAUUUCACUGUAACGUUCACAUAAUGUCUGAUUGGUGUCUUUUUGUGCACAAAUUGUUAUGAAGAUAGGUUGUGUUAUGAUCACUAUGCCUUGUGUAUAGUCAAGUAGCCUGUACAAAGGCUGUAUAUAGUGAACUUUAUUUUCUUUUCAUUCUUCUACUAUAAAGGUGUGUAAGUUGCCAGUUACAAUAAAAUGUUGGUGACAAACACAGAACAUUUACUCCAGUUUAGUUGAUUUUAUGAACUUGUAAAUAAGUUGUUGAUCAAAACCUGGCUUUUUCUUACACUGUGCUCAACUUCUCUUACAUCUUUGGUUUUUACAGCCGAACAACCAAAUUACAAUUUACAACAUGUGUAAUCCUUCUGGCCACCUUUUUCCUUAACACAUUUUUUUAGAAGAGACUAGAAAUGAAAUGAAUAUUUAUAAAUUAAACCAAUUUAUAGCCUUAGCUUUCUUUAACUUAUUUAUUAGUAGAAGUUAACCAAAACCCACAUAAAUUCUAACCCAGUAACUAAUGUUAACAACCAUUUGUUUUCUAUCUCAGAUGAGACAGCAAUGAGUUUCCUGAAUGGUUUCUUGUGAUGAACCAUUUAUUUUCAAUAUUAUAAAUUGGUGUUUAGAUGAAAUUAGUUAAGUUGGAUUUGUGCAUCUGCAAAGUUUUCAGAGCCUUGCAGUGACAGAAUUGGACAAUGCUAUCUUUGUCAAGUGGUGGCUUGUGCUUGCGAGGGCGCAGGGGUGGAAAGACGUGUGCAAAGGCUGCACAAGAAUGUCUGUCCUUGCAUACCAUGAUCCUUUCCAUGGCACCUGUAGAUGAAGGAUAAGGCUAUGGAUCUGUAAACUCGAGCUCAACUAGGCAAAUACCUACAUAAGGGGCAGGCAAUAGUAGUG